GAGGGAUCACGUGGUUUUUGUUCCUUUCAUAAUCUCGAUAAAGAAACGAGAUGGCGGACACGGCAUCUGCAACUAAAAGUAAAGCCAAGGCUGCGCCAAAAGAAAAAAAGCCUAAAGAAAAACCAACAGAAGCAGUACCGUUGAAAAAGAGGCCUUUUAAAAGACAUGGAAGACUCUAUGCUAAAGCUAUUUUCACUGGUUACAAAAGAGGAUUAAGGAAUCAACAUGAACAUACUGCCCUUCUCAAAGUAGAAGGAGCUAGAUUGAAAAAAGAUUCAGAAUUUUACGUUGGCAAACGAUGUGUUUAUGUUUACAAGGCAAAGAACCGAACUCCAGUUCCCGGUAAAAAUAAGAAAUCUAAAGUCAGAGCAAUCUGGGGUAAGAUAACACGUCCUCAUGGUACAAGUGGUUCUGUACGUGCUAAGUUUAAACGUAAUUUACCUGCCAAAGCUAUGGGACACCGCAUCAGAAUUAUGUUAUACCCCAGCCGAAUCUAAAGAAGACUUUUUAUGAGUUAAAACAUGAAUAAAUAUCAUUAUGAUACAAA